AAACGAAAAAAAAUUUAUUAAUGAAGUUAAUAAUAAAUGUGUACCAAUUCAGGAUGUUGCAGCUAAUUUUCAAUUAGUUGCAUCAACCAUUCAGAAUAUUGUAGAUUGUUUUGAUAGAGAAGGCCGAAUUACUUCUAAACCACGAG